AAAAAGUGUCCAUCUUUAUCUUUAUCUUUAUUUGGAAAUAAAAUACACAUAUUAACAAAUUGUGAAUUAUUAUGACUUUUAAUUUAAUUUUGAAAUAUUUUUUAGUAUAUAUUCAACGUAGAGAUUAUUAGGGUUCUAAUAGCUCUCGUUACCCCUAAUCUGAUUUGUACUAGAUCGUUUCUUGUUUUUGUUUGAGUUGUUUCGAUCGUUAGUUUUCUCUUUUGGUUGUGUAUUUGAAGUUCUUUCUGGUCUGAGAGCUUAUUUCUGUUGCUUUUGGAGUUACCAACACAUUCGCAUAGCAAUCUAGUCCUUCUUCACCAGGAAAAUGGAAGAAGUGAGAAAUCAGCAGGUGAUCUUUAAGGAUUACGUUAAUGGCUUCCCCAAGGAAUCAGACAUGUCCGUUACAACUUCUGCCACCGUCCCCCUCCAGCUCCCUCAAGGUUCCAAUGGCGUCCUCGUCAAGAACCUUUAUCUCUCCUGCGAUCCUUACAUGCGUGGUCGAAUGACCAAAACUGAAGGCAGUUACGUUGCUUCCUUCACUCCUGGUGCGCCGAUAACAGGAUAUGGAGUAGCUAAAGUUGUGGAAUCUGGACAUUCAAGCUUGAAGAAAGGUGACCUAGUUUGGGGAUUCACUGGAUGGCAAGAAUACAGUAUUAUCACUGCUCCUGAAACCCUAUUCAAGAUUCAACAUACAGAUGUCCCUCUUUCAUAUUAUACAGGAAUCCUUGGUAUGCCUGGUAUGACUGCUUAUUAUGGUUUCUAUGAGAUUGGUGCUCCAAAGAAAGGAGAGUAUGUCUUUGUUUCUGCAGCUUCAGGGGCAGUCGGUCAGCUUGUAGGGCAGUUUGCAAAGCUGACCGGAUGCUAUGUUGUUGGGACAGCUGGAACCAAAGAAAAGGUUGAGCUGCUAAAGACCAAAUUUGGAUUUGAUGAGGCUUUUAACUACAAGGAAGAGCCAAAUCUUGAUGCAGCUCUCAAAAGGUACUUUCCAGAAGGAAUCGAUAUAUACUUUGAGAAUGUUGGUGGGAAAAUGUUGGAGGCAGUGCUUUUAAACAUGAGAGUAAAUGGAAGGAUUUCGGUUUGUGGAAUGAUCUCACAAUACAACUUAAAUCAAGAAGAGGGUGUGAGGAAUUUGUCAUGCAUAAUAAUGAAAAGACUUCUUGUGAAGGGGUUUAUUGUAACUGAUCACUAUAAUUUGUAUCCAAAGUAUAUUGAAAUGGUUAUACCAUUGAUAAAAGAAGGGAAGAUAUGUUACAUUGAAGAUGUUGUAGAGGGGCUUGAGAGUGCACCUAAGGCUUUGGUUGGGAUUUUUUCGGGGAAAAAUGUUGGGAAGCAAGUUGUGGUUGUGGCACGUGAAUGAGUCGAGUUAAUGUCUUUUAUUGUUAUGAAUAAUAAGAAAUUGUGUGUAUCUUGUAUGUUUGUUCUAACAAUAAGAUGUGAAAAUUUUAUGAAUAAUAAGAAAAUUGUGUGUGUGUGUUUUGUA